AGCGUCCGAGCGGUGCUUGAAGAUGCUAAGCUAUAUUUAUUUACAUUAGAAUUACGCUACUGAAGUAAUAAUAAUAAAAUAAUAAUAUAAUUUAAUAGUGCAAUACGAUGGCACCGAAAAAGAAAGGAGCCCUUCAGACGGUGCAGAGAGAAACAGAUGAACUGAAGAGAAAGGUCGAUGCUCUGGUGCAGGACCUGAACAGGAUGGAGGUUUCAGACAGAACAGAAACGUUACAGAGAUGUUCAGAUCUGGAACGGGCAGUAACGGAGACGCUGACUCGGCUCAGGAAGCUGACCAAAGCAGACGAAUCGGCUCCUGUAGGAAACUACGAUCGGCAGAAGCGAGAGGAAGAGGAGCGACUCCAGGUUUUACAGGAGCGACUGAACACCCUGACUCGGCAGCUCCAGCCUCAGGACAACUCGACUGGGGCAGAGGAGGACAGUGAAGAGGAUGUCAGUGAGGAGGAGGAGGAUGAUACGCAGGAUGCUGAUGAUGAUAAAGUUACAGACAGAGUGACAUCCACCACCGAGACGCGUUCUCCAUCAUACGUAGCUCUCGGUGCUUUCACCGGAGAGGAAGAGGGAGAUCUUACAGUCCUGAAAGGAGCAGUUCUGAAAGUUCUUCAGAAGAACGAUGACGGCUGGUGGCUCGCCCAGGACUCACAGGGAAACAAAGGUUUCGUGCCCCAAAACUACCUGAAGAAAAUCUCUCCACAAGAGCUGGAGGAGGAGAGCGAGGAUGAGGAGGAGAGUGAUGAAGAGCAGGAGGAUGAACAUGAAACUCCUGAUGAGAAACCAAGCACUUCAUCCAACUGGGAUACGAUCCGAAAAGCAAUUAAUGAGGUUGAUGCUACAGACGUGCUCUCAGCCAUGGGAGCGAUUCCUCCAGGCUUCAGACCCUCCACUUUAUCCAAACUCCUAGGAGAAGGCUCGUCCUACAGAGCCAGUCAUUACAUCCAACCCAGACUCAGCCAAUCAGAGCUGUGCUUUAAAGACCUCCAGCUGAACCCAGAUACAGGCAAGGUUUACCCUCGUCCAUCUCGAGUGUGUCUGACCGUGACUCUUUGGAGCUGUAGAAUGAUCCCGCCUCCAGGCGUGGGGCUGCGGGUCCUGAGCCGCCACGUCCGGUUUUGUGCCUUUAACGGAACUCAGGUUUUGAGUAACAUACACACAGUGAGAGCCACGUACAGUCCAACCAACCCAAAAACAUGGAGCUUCUCACCUCGGAUGAGUGGGUUGCUGCCGUCUCUGCUGGAUGGAGAUUGUUUUUUCCGCUGUGAUUCCGAUUCUGCUGAUCUGGGCGUCCUGUUCGAGCUCGGCGUCACCUACAUCAGAAACUCCACAGGAGAGAGGGGAGAUCUGAGCUGUGGUUGGGCCUUCCUUAAACUGUUUGAUGAGAAUGGAGUGCUCAUACCACCGAGAACACAGGAGCUCACUAUACAUGGAGGGACUCCAUAUGAAGGAGAAACUGAUAUUGAUGGCACAACUAGACGAGGUACGUCCACCGGUGUUCUCCAGCAGAUGCUGAUGUCCAGGAAACUGCCCAAACUCAUCAUCAAGCUCAGAUCUCCAAACACACGCGUCAGAGACCAGCUCAGCUUGCUUCCUGACACCAUGGUCGGCUGCCUGUCCCUGCUUCACCUGCUGGUUCUGUACAGGCAGCUUCUGGCUGAUACGCUCCUGCUGGACAGGGUCACCAUGCAGAACGCAGAUCUGAUCUGCAGUCCAGUUCUAGCCACAUUCUCUGAAGUUCUAGAUCAACCUGAUUUGAUGGAUGCUUUCAGGAAAUCCUGGGUGGAGUCAGAAAACAGCCUGAAGAGGUCUGACAAGAGGGACGUUACCGUACUGAAGAAGCUGUUUGAGAGUGUGUACGUGAGCACCGUGUUCCCCCUGUUGUUUUCGGCGGAGAUGCGCCCGCCCCUUUGGGCCGACGAGGAAGCCGAAGCUCACCGCGCCCGCUUCAUCUACAGCCCGGUCCACAAGAUCUCCGUGGAAACCAUGCUGUCGGCCAAUCAGAAGCACCAAGCCUUCGACAUCGCUCAGGUCUCCUACGACCUUCUGUCCUCCGCCUGGAACUGACCGAGAGCAAGACAGACUGACCAAUCACUACAGAGCACUGGAAACAAACGACCAAUCAUCACACACACUUGCUAAAUAAAAGCAGAAUUAAAAAUA